AUGGACCUACAGUUCAAGUCUGGAGAGAAAGUUUUCCUGAAAGUAUCUCCAUCAAAUGGGAUAACAAGGUUCGGUGUCAAAGGCAAACUAAGGCCGCGUUUCAUCGGACCCUACGAAAUUCUAGAGGAAGUUGGUCCUGUGGCGUAUAGAUUGGCGCUACCACCGAGUUUCGGAAAUGUGCACAACGUUUUUCAUGUGUCACAAUUGAGAAAAUAUGUGUUCGAUCCCAAACACAUAGUCCACCAAGAAGAAAUGGUGUUACGACCAGAUUUAAGCUACGAAGAAAAGCCAGAGGCAAUCUUGGAUCGGAAAGUCAAGGAGCUGAGGAAUAAAUCUGUUGUGACAGUGAAAGUUCUGUGGAAGCAUCACGGCUACGAAGAAGCUACGUGGGAGUUGGAGGACAAAAUGAAAGAGAAGUACCCGGAGUUUUUUGAAUGA